AUGAGCAUCCGGACCCCACCCACACUCCUGAGGCUGGCAGGAAGGAGCCUGCUGAGGGACCAGGCUGCGGCCAUCACAGCUCUGGAGUACCUGCCCGCUGAGUUCUUCAAACUACUGUCCAUUCAGGCCUGCCGUAGGAGAAUGCGGAAGCCCCUGAAGGUUUUGGUGCAAGCCUGGCCCUUCCCUGUCCUCCCUCUGGGGAGCUUGAUGAGGCUGCCUCCAGUCAUGGUCUUAAAAGUGGUGUUGGAGGGGCUUGACGGCCUGCUUGCCCAAGAGGUUCGCCCCAGGAGGUGGAAACUGCGGGUGCUGGAUUUAAGGAACAAGGAUGUCAACCUCUGGAGAAUGUGCCCCAACAUGGAGCACCCCUUGGCUCCCUUGGAGGUGUUCCUAGACCUUGACUUCAGUGAAAGGGAUGGGGUUAAGUUUUUCAUGUACAUCAUCCAAUGGGCCCAGCAGAGAAAAGGGUUGGUACACCUGUGCUGCAAGACGCUGAGGUUUUUCGAAUUGCCCUUCCAGAGGGCCAGGAAGGUCCUGGAUAGGGUGCAGCUGGACUGCAUCCAGGAGGUGCAAGUGGACUGCACCUGGGAAAUGCCCACCCUGGGCACAUUUGCUCUCUACCUGGGUCAGUUGAGUAACCUGCAGAGUCUCGCUCUCUGCCACAUCAAGGUGCUCAGGCUGCAGCACCUCAAGAAGCUCUACUUGGACUCUCCCUCCUUCCUCCGAGGCCGUCUGGACCAGAUGCUCAGGCAGCUGAAGUCCCUGCAUCUGUAUGGCGCCAACCUCACCGAUUUUAGUCCAGAGCCCCUCCGAGCUCUGCUGGAGGCAGUGACGCCCACUCUCCAGGACCUGCGACUGGAUAACUGUGCGAUGGUGGACUGCCAAGUCGAGGCCAUCCUGCCUGUCCUGAGCCGCUGUCACCAGCUCAGGGACUUCACCAUCACUGAGAACCCCCUCUCUGUGGCCACCGUGGAGAAGCUGCUGCGCCACACAGCCGGGCUGCGCAGUUUAGAGCACGAGCCGUACCCCAUCCCCCUGGAGUGUUACAGGACCCACGAGACUGUGGACCAGGAGAGAGUUGCCCUGAUCCAGGCUGAGCUCACGGGGACACUGAGGGAGUUAGGACAAACCAGGACCAUCCAUCUUGACACCAAGUACUUUAGCUCUGGGGACUUUUAUGACGUGGCAUUUUCAUAA